UAGUAAUCCGAUGCAGAUGACUUCCGCCGUGCGAUUAGGUGACCAAGCUUUACCCAAGCAUCCUGCCAUUCCUGUUUACUCAAGGCUGAAUGCAGCCAGCAUAUCCAGGAUAAACUCUCUACCUGGAGUGUUUGCUACAUCCACUCCAAUCACAAAUACCUCCACUUGUCGCGGCAAAGCCCGAAGAGGACGACGUUCCACCAUCCCUGCGGAACAGCGAGAACAAACACGCCGACUGAAAAAGCAAAAUAUGGAACGACGACGCCGUGCAUGUAUAUCUGACAAGUUGAACGCAUUGCACAGUUUGGCUAUGAAUAUCAUUGGUAUAGAUUUUAACUCGGAGCACAGGUGGGAAAGAGCAGACAUUCUCACAACGUGCUACAAAGUAUUCGAGGGUAUUGCGAAAAUUGCUCGUGAGGAACCAGCUUUGCAGUCAAGCUUGCAACAAAUCCGCUCGCAAUUACUAUGUCCGGCGACUACUUUUUCAACGAAUGAGACUGGCGAUAGUGGAACUCAUACAGUCGAUCACGGAAAGGAUGAGAGUGUCAUAUGUAACCCAGUGGCAAGUUCGGAGAAUUGCGAAAACUACCCUCCUAUCCCUCGCUUUUCCAUCAGACUCUCGGCUCGUCCUACUUACACUCCUACAUCUGGCACACAACCGAUCUCCCUAGAUAAAACUCGUUCGUGGUGCACAACAGAUAGUGGGGUGUGCAGUCCUCCUGACAAUAUAUACACGUAUUCUACUGAGGAGCCAAACGAAAAACUGCGCCAGCACAGCUUUCGAGGAUUUAGCAGCUCCCAUAUCCCACCAUCUGCUCCAACAGAGCACUCAGCAACAUCAGCUCCUUCGCUCCCUCGAUUUCGGUUUACCUUAUCUUCAAUAUCCAACAGUCCACUUCAACGUGCGCACUGCCGCUCGCAUCCCGCAGGAAACCCACCAUUGUUGCACCGAACAAGCACCUACAAGCGAAUAAAAACAUCUGAACCAACGGGCUCAUCGCUAGUUUGGAGACCGUAUCUUUAACUCAUCGUGUGGUCAAACGGAUGUAAAUUUUUAACUAACACAAUCAUUGUGAACGCAAC